AUGAUGGGCAUUCGCAACUCAGUUUCUUCUAGGUUUCGACAAUCAUGUCCAGGUAUUGUAAUUAUCAAAUGCAUCUGCCACUCGCUACACCUGUGUGCUAGUGAUGCCGCUAAAGAAAUACCUUCAGAAUGUGAACAACUGGCACGCGACGUUUACAAUCAUUUUAAAUCGAGCAGCAAACGCCAAAGUCAGUUUAAGGCUUUUCAAAAUUUCGUCGAGGUUGAUGUACACAAAAUACUACGUCCAGCCCAAACAAGAUGGCUAUCGCUAUCAUCGGUUGUAGACCGAUUGCUGGAACAAUGGGACGCACUACGUCUCUAUUUCGACAGUAAAUGGUUAGAUGAUCGCGAAUGCAGGGAAAUCCACAAACGACUAAAUGACCCAAUAAUCAAAGCCUACUACUAUUUUCUGUCAUGGAUGUUACCCAAAUUUGCAAAUGCAAAUGCUUACUUUCAAAGUGAAAGUACUGUUAUUACAGAAAUGCACACUAAAAUGAGAGAUUUAUAUAGAAAUCUGAUCAAACUUGUGAUGCAGCCGGAGUGCAUGCUCGAUGACAAGCUCAUUGAUCCUACCAACGAAAAUCUUUAUCUAAAUCUCGAUGACAUAUAUCUUGGUCUCGGCGUCCGCAAACAACUAUCGCUACCUGAAGUGGCAAAUAAUGAAAAUGACAUACGUGAGUUCAGAAGUAAGUGCAGAAAAUUCAUUUUAAGAGCUAUCAUUGGAAUAAGAAAAAGGUACAGCCUCGACGAUGAACUCCUACACGCAGUUUCUACAAUCAGUUCAGAAGCUUGUCUAUCACUGCUAUCACACGAAAGACCCUCCACCUUGGCCCCUCUUUUCACGAUGUUGCCAAGAAUAGCUCCCAAAUCGUUACAGGAACAGCAGGAUUUAGAUGACCAAUGGAGAUGUUUGCCAUCAUACAAACAGAACACACUUCAGAGCCUUCAGAUAUAUUUUGGCAUCAGGUUGCCCAACUACAAAACAAAGAUGGAAAAAAACCAUUUUCAACCUUGUCCAACUUCAUGCUGCAAAUUUUAUGCCUACCACACUCUACUGCGAAAGAGUUUUCAUCCAAAUAAACGACAUCAAAACCGACAAGAGGAAUAA